GGUCUGCAGAUAUCCGACAUUCACUUGAGCAGGUUUCACGAUCGAGGCAGAGCCGUAGACUUAGAGACGUUCUGUACUGAAACUAUUGACAUCAUCCAACCAGCUCUCGUCCUAGCAACAGGAGACCUGACAGAUGCUAAAACCAAGGACAAGUUGGGAUCCAGGCAACAUGAAGUGGAGUGGCAAACUUACCAGGGUAUUCUAAAGAAGACAAGGGUCUUACAAAAAACCAAGUGGCUGGAUAUCAAAGGAAAUCAUGAUGCAUUUAACAUUCCGAGUCUGGAAAGUGUCAAGAAUUAUUACAGAAAAUAUUCUGCUGUGCAUAAGGAUGGCUCUUUCCAUUAUGUCCACAGUACUCCCUUUGGCAACUAUUCUUUCAUCUCUGUGGAUGCCACCCUCAAUCCAGGACCUAAGAGGCCCUAUAAUUUCUUUGGAAUGUUAAAUGAGAAACGAAUGGAAGAGCUUUCGUUACUGGCCACGGAGAGUAGUCAGAGCAACCACACGAUUUGGUUUGGACAUUUUACAACAUCUACUAUCCUUUCUGCGUCACCAGGAAUCCGAUCAGUAAUGAGUUCAGCUACUGCUUAUUUUUGUGGGCACCUCCACACCCUGGGCGGACUGAUGCCUGUUUUGCACACUCGAAACUUCCAAGGCACUUUGGAACUUGAGGUGGGAGAUUGGAAAGACAACAGAAGGUACCGGAUCUUUGCUUUUGAUCAUGACCUCUUCAGCUUUGCAGAUUUGACCUUUGGCAAAUGGCCUGUGGUUCUUAUCACCAACCCUAAAUCCUUCCUCUAUAGUUCUGCUAAACAUGAGCCCCUGGAAAGACUCUUUCACUCCACACAUAUCAGAGUCUUGGCCUUUUCCUCAUCCUCUAUUACUUCUGUCACAGUCAAGAUUGAUGGAGUUCACGUAGGGGAAGCUGUUCAUUUGUCUGGCCCUAUUUUCAUACUAAAAUGGAAUCCCAGAAACUACAAUAAUGGGACACACAGCAUAGAAGUAUUUGUCAAGGAUUCAGCGGGAAGAAUAAAGACUGCUCACCACGUGUUCUCUCUCGAAGAGGGCCUUCAUCUCACGUUUGAGCCCCUAGCAUCAUUUAUUCUCCUUACUGACUUCUAUGUUGUGGCCCGGGUCCUUUUUGUGCUCAUUGUGCUGAUCCAGCUCGCCAUCCUCAUUAUGUUUAGGUAUCGAGGACACCCAGAGCUGAAAGGACCUCUAGGAUUUAUAAAUCUGACCUCGUUUUCCCUUCAUGUCUUGAGCAAAAUAAACAUCUUCUACUACUUUGUGUUGCUGCUGACCCUGUAUACAGUGCUGGGACCCUGGUUUGUUGGUGAGAUCAUUACAGGCACAGUGGGUUGCUGCUUUUCUUUCGGGAUCUUUGUUGAUGGACAUUUCCUACAAGGGAGCUUAACAUUUGUAGUUGGAAUUCUCCAGCUGGUGUUUUUUAACAUCCCCUUGAUGGCUUACCUGUGUUGGAGCUUGCUGCAGCGGUGCUUUGGUCACAACUUCAGGUCUCAUCUCCACCAAGGAAAAUACUUGAAAACGGUACCAGUUCACCUACUUAUGCUCCUACUGUACAUCUGGCAAAUUUAUUCUUGCUACUUUCUUCAUGUGACAUAUGGUACUUUGGCCUUUUUCUUCUCCCCUCUGCGGACUUGGCUGACACUGCUGGCACCCAUUCUCAUUCGAAAUGUGUGGACACUAAGCCCCACUGAGUUUGGAAUCUUCAUUGUACAGUUCAAAAGCCACCUGAGCUCCUGAAGGCUGUGCCUUACCGUCAGCAGCUGAGCCAGACUCCAUUUCUCCACCUCCAGGGCAGGCCCCUGCACCAGUACAAAGAUAGUAUUGCUGGCAGACCUUCAGGGACCUGCUGCUCUUUGGAUGCCCGGGAGUCAAGAGGGAUUACCCACUACUGAUUACUGCAGUAUGGACUAGAGAAAAAUCUAAUUAAUGCUGUGAUUCAUUUCUUGUCCAAGAUGACGAAAGAUUAUUUUACCUUUGUAAAGAGAAUGCCCAGUCUACCAGAACCACAGGAUGGACCUACAGGUUGGGUGUAUGUUUGGGGGUUUCUGAAACUGACAGUGUUUGGGUUACUCCACAAAAAGCACUAGUACAGUGUUUGCACUCAGCAGCUGCCAAGAAUGCCAUUUUAGUGAACCUGGGACUUGGAACUGAUCCUAACUGCCUUCGGAUGGAUUAGCUCCUAGCAUAUUCCUGAAGGAUUAUGGCUCUGUUUCCGUAGUCGGAAUGUUUUCAACUAAUCAAAUAAAUGAAUGAAUGAAUGAA